GUGCCAUCCAUUCCAACGAUUAGGUACGCACACCCUCGCACGCACAGUCCGGCCUGCCCUGCCCUGCCCUGCCCUGCCCUUGCCCUGCCCCUUGCCCUGCCUGCAUCAGAUCGCUGUGCACACUCCCCAAGUCAAGCUUCGCAGCCUUUGCAUCCACCUCACCUCAACCCUCCAACUAUAUCAAGACACGUCGUUUCGCCGACCCGUGGACUUGGGUGCCGAUACUGUCGCUGCUGCGCUCAAUGUACUCCGCACAGCCUAACGCUGCUGACAGUGCGACAAUCAAUCCUGCUGCUCUCGCAUCGUCCGACCUGCUCGAACAGAAUUCAAGAGGCGUCAAGAGGAGCCGAUCGCCGGGCACGUACGAAGCGCGGUCCCCUGCUCCGGCUGGGGAUGAAGAUCGAAACCCCAAGAAACGCGUAAAGUCCAUGAAAUCGAAGCCUUCCGGCUCUAUAUCAGAAAGUCCUGCCCAGGCGCCCGUUCCGAUGCAGCAAUCAAUCCCGCCCCAGACCCCCCAAUCCCAAACUGCGCCUCUCCCGGGACCGCAACCCAGCUACACGCCGUCCCAGGCGUCAGCCUCCUCGCCGCCCAAGCCCACCCCCACCAAGUCGACCUUGAAGGCUUUGCCCACCGUUAGGGACCACACCACGGACCAGCUUGGCCCAGGGGGCGAUGAGUACCUACCCCGGGAGAUCGACGAGGCGGGGGAGAAGAAGGUCAUGCCCAACGGACAGCUACUUGGGGGUCGCGAAUAUCGCUGCCGGACAUUUCUCGUACCGAACCGAGGAGACAAGCUCUUCAUGUUGGCGACAGAGUGUGCGAGGGUCCUCGGAUACCGCGACUCGUAUCUGCUGUUCAACAAGAACCGAUCUCUGUUCAAGAUUAUCGCCAACCAGACCGAGAAGGACGAUCUUGUCAGCCAGGAGAUUCUCCCCUUCUCGUACAGGUCGAGACAAAUAGCGAUUGUCACGGCACGAAGUAUGUUCCGUCAGUUCGGCAGCCGAGUUAUUGUGAACGGCCGGAGAGUCCGAGAUGAUUACUGGGAGACGAAGGCCAGGAAACAAGGUUUCACCGAGGCCGAUCUGGCUGGUGAGAAGAGGCCCGGCGCAUCCAAGGCCCGAGAGGCUGCGGCGGCUGCGGAGCAGAGUGCGUCCUUGCUAGGUGGUCCCCAGGGAGAGAUCGUGUACAGCAACAACCCAGCGCAGUUUGGCGGUGCUCCGCAUCCCCAGCUCAUACAACAAGAAUAUCCUGACUCCCGACGGACCGACUACUCGUCCAUACUCAAGACUGGGCCUCGGCAGGAGAUCACUGGUCCUCCUUACCAGGACAGAUCUCAACCAACCGCAAUGCCUGAGAUCCAUGCGCAGGCUCACCAUGCCGCCGAGUACAACCGAUCGGUCAACCAGCAGCGUGAAAUGCGAACCGAUUACAUGAACAACAUGUGGCGGAGGCCUCAUGAGCAGCCAGUAUCCGCAGCCUUGACACAGCCUGUCAGUGUUGGCACCGCUGACGCCAGCAUCCCAACGUCCCGUGCCACGCAGUCGCCUCACGCGACGUCUGCAGGAAUGCCACAGCAGCACUCCGGGCUGGUCCCAAGCCAGAGUCCUCAGCUCAUGAUGACCGCGCCGCCGUACUCGAACCCGAUCCAGGCCCAAAACCCCAUAAGUCAGUCAUCGACGAUGAGAGGUAUGGCCCAAGUUCCAAGCCAGCCGCAAUCAAAGCCAACCAGCUUGCCUUCAGGGUCCACCGGCAGCAUGCCGCAGACAGCUCAGGGCUAUGGUUACCAACCUUCAAGCCAGAUGUGGCCACCCACGCCGCAAACGCCCCAGUACGGGUAUACCCACAACCAGCAGGCCCAGCAGUCCCCUCACCCCCCACAGAGCUCUACGUCACAGAUGCGCCACUCGAGCACCUCGGGCUCGGUGCAGCAAGGCGGGAUGCCAUAUUCUGGCAUGCCGGGAAUGGCACAGGGCUAUCCUGCCCCGUCGCCGUAUGACCAUCAAACCCCGCGGCAAUACAUGCAUCAAGGUUCAACCCCCUCACCGGCUGUCACGCAGGCCUGGUCAGGGCAGCAGCAGCAGCCACAGCAGUGGUGGACGCAACAACCUCAGUAAGCGGGGAAGAGCUACGCAGGACACUCUAUGAGCGACCAGGCGAUUACUAUGAAGAUGAGGAGUUGGGAAGAACGGGCAAAAACGCAGACACAGACACAGACACAAUUUGGCCCUUGCCCUGGAACCUUUGGUUGUCAUCCCCGCGCCUACCCUCUAGCUGCCCAAGUGGCUGAGGGCGCUCCGGCGAGACCAUCUGCGGUAUCGCUUGUCAGUUCCGCAUAUCCCCACCACCAAUGCGAACCCGGACCGCAAACGAAGCUACGGCCUACCUUGACCUUGAAACGCCUUGGAUGUUGAAAUGAGAUACGCAUCCGACAAUAAUCCUUCACGAACGACUACUUUUUGAGUGUACAUACGGUCUGGUCUUGUCAUCAAUAUGGGCGGAGGAGGCAGAAUGCUUGGCACGCGUCAAAUUCUAAACGGGCCCCGACCGUCUUGUCAACUUCAUGGCCCCAGCUCCUUUUGGUUACGUACAGUUUGAGCGAUCCAUACAGCGUGCAUUUGGAUUCGCUUCAUUGAAGAUAUACAUGAUUGAUUUGUGGAAGCCACUUACAUUUGGAACCGGGGGGCUUGUGGUUUUUCCAAUGGUGCGGAUGAUUCGCGCAGACCUGAGUCUGCGGGUCGCUGGUUGUGCUGAUACCCUACUCUCGUGUGGCGUGGUCAGGCUUGUGUUGUCCGGCGGUAUACCUGGUUUGUUUCGUGGUCAGAUGACAAUUUUUCUUUUCCAGCAGUAUUCCUAGCUCUUCGGGCUUUUGGCAGUCGGAUAUCCUUGGGCCUUGCGGUUACCCCCCUGAUUUCGCAUACAACGCGGCGGCAUUGUGGGAUGCUCCACUUCCAUUCGAACUUUUCUACCAUCGUUUUAUUUUCCCCUCGAUGUGUUGAUACCCGGCCUAUUGGGCUUCGUGUUUACAUGUCGAGAUCGCAGGUCUUGGACGGCUACAUUCUAAGCAUCGGAGGAGUUCAUUUGUCACGCAGUUUCUUCCUGCCGAUUCUCUUGAACUUAUUGUGUUAGUACACGCGCUUUAUUCGUCGACUGGCAGGCAGUAUUGCCUCGAGCGAUCUCACUGGGUGGGAGAGGCUGGGCAUUGCUGUUGUUAUUUGAGUCUUGGUUCUCGAGUUGGGUCACCUGUUUCUGCCUAGUGUCACCUCAGAUGUUAAACCAUGGCAUGGGCACACGGGUGGGGAGAAGGCCCUUCUAUUCUGGCUACCGCCCUUGCUUCAGUCUCUCAAGGACGACUGCGCGUCAGGCGUCGCAAGGAGGACGGCAGUCUUGCUUUAAUAUACUUUGUCCAAUUUUGCUUCUCUUCAUCUGCGCCACCGCCAAUCGUCGCCCCUCCCGUGGUCCAAAGUGCGUGUCACUUGCGGCGAAAUAAAUGAUCCAACUACAGCAACCGUGGUACGUGGAAUCAGUGAUGAUCGCGAAAGGUUCAGCUCCUGCCUGGAUCGAAGCCACGGCCUUGGCAUCCAAGAGCAGCAGACACGGGGUGGAAGCGAAGAAGAAUAGAGAGAAGAAUGCCACGAUCCAAGGUUCACAAAGGUAUCAACUAGACGGACUGCAUUGUAUCGAGUGUCGCGUAAGAUGGCCGGAGGCCCAUCAUUUGUAUUCCGCGCACAUGCCUGCGGGCCUUUCCAGGAGCCUUUGAUCGCCCAACCCAUCAGCCAGCCAGCCAGCCAGCCAGC